UCUUUCUCGUCUCUUGGCUACUGGCACAGCCAAUGACAUAGCAUUCAAAUAGUUUACUGAACCAGAAGCAGGAGAGACAAAAUUUCUCCCCCUGCCGAGGCUUGCACACCUCAAAAAAUCUACCACAUGCUGUAAAUCCACUGUAUCUUUAAUUCUUUAUAAGGUAGGGGUAAGACCUGCCUACACACCACCCUCCCCAAACCUCAUUUAUGGGAUUAUACUGGGUUUGUUGUUGUUGUAUGUUGUAAAUCCACUGUAUGAAAUAGAGAUGGAAAAGGAAAAAAAGGAAAGAAAAAAAUAUAUAUACUGCAUGAAUAGCAUAGAAACAGUAAAGAGCACGUUUAACAAGAAAUAACAAACAUUAGCUUAGUCAAUGAAUGGGAAAUAAAUACAUUAAUUUUCAUUCCUUAUGAGUUCUGUCCAUGUUCAAAGGAAUUGUUGAGAACAUGUAUCUGAGGCUUAACAAAUUGCCAUUCUCUUAAAAUCAAGAUCUACCAGCAACUACAUUGCUUCAUCCAACAUUUUCUUAUAAGUUCUUGUCUUUAUCAAAAUCUUCAAUAUAUAUCUCUUUACCUCUGAUCUUUAAACAAAACUUGUAUACCUCCCACGUCAAGCAUGAAAACUAAAACACAGAGUUCAUUUAGCCUAAAGCUUCUUGUCAUAAGCGUUUUCAUCGCUUUCUUACUUUUAUUUGUGCUGAGAUCAAGAUUGACAUCUUCAGGUGAAAAUACAUCAUUUUUAUUAUCUGCUUCUUCAAUAUCCAAUGCUUUUUUACCAAGAUCCUCAGCUUCUUCUGGUGACAAAGAAACAAUAAGUUGCUCAUCACCAAAAUGUAACAACAAAAUCCCAUCUUCAGUAGCCAAAUCUCUCAUUCACUAUGCAACCUCAAACACCACCCCUCAACAAAAACUCGACGAGAUAUCAAUAACAUCCAACAUUUUAGACAAGAAAUCUCCUUGUAAUUUCCUUGUCUUUGGUCUUGGCCAUGACAGUCUAAUGUGGCACACACUCAACUUUGGAGGACGAACUAUCUUCCUCGACGAAGAUAUAAUUUGGAUUGAAAAAAUCAAGAAAAAAUUUCCCAUGUUAGAGUCUUAUCAUGUUACAUAUGAUAGUAAAGUGAAAGAAGCAAAUGUUUUAAUGGAAGCAGGAAAAAAACCAGACUGCACAACUAUAGUUGAUCCUAGAUAUUCAAAGUGUCAACUUGCAUUAAAAGGUUUGCCAAAUGAAAUUUAUGAUAUAAAAUGGGAUUUAAUAAUGGUAGAUGCUCCAACAGGUUUUCAUAAGAAUGCACCAGGGAGAAUGACAGCCAUUUAUACAGCAGGAAUGAUGGCAAGGAAUAAAGAAAAUGGAGAAACUCAUGUGUUUGUGCAUGAUGUGCAUAGGAAUAUAGAGGACAAAUUUUCUAGACAGUUUUUGUGUGAUGGAUAUAUGAAGGAACAAGUUGGGAAGUUAAGGCAUUUCACUAUCCCUAGUCAUAAGAACAACUUGAAUAUGCCCUUUUGCCCCUAGAUUUUCUUGAAAAUGUUUUUUUCUUUUCUUUUUUAAUUUAUCUUUCUUUAUUUGUUUUCUUUUUUGA